AUGAGGCAUUUACCAGUUCAUUGUUUAGACAACGACUUAAAUGAUGCAAAUAACCUGUUAUAUUUUCUUGUUCAAUAUAUCACACAUGAUAAAAUAGAACCCCAUAUAAUUACUCCUGAAACAUGGAUCAAAAGUGGCACGUUGGUGGAAUAUGAAUUCAUCGGAGACUACUGUCCAAAACACACUUCACCUAAAGAAUGCGAACGCGCAACAAAAUCGGAUAUAAUUUGUUUUUGGUGUGAAAAUGCGGACAUAUGCAUUGAUAGUACUGACCAGAAUGCUCAUAACAUGAAAGUUAAUAAGUGCCUUGUUAAGCUUAAACCAGAAGUGAACGAGUUGAGUACACAAACACCCACCAAACACAUUGAAACAACAUCAAGCGCUCGUGAAGAAACUGACCAACCCUCGAACAUGACUACCGAAAUAAACAAAGAGAAUCUACAGAAGAAAUCAUCAUGGUACUUGUAUAUUGUGAUUCCUUUGAUCAUCAUUUUCUUUGUUGUAUGUGUUGGUUUUAUAAUUUGGAAAUGGCUACAGAAAAGAACCAG